GGUGAGCCCCUCUGAGCAGUAUCUACCAACCUUUGUACCUGCUAAGCAGGUAAGAUUGAAAAUAGAGUAAAAGGUAUGCAUGUAGCUGCAAAGAAGUCCCAGUUUCUCCAGGUCAUCCAUUCAUGAAUGACUGUCUCCGGCUUUGUUUUGCUGAGCAGUAUCUGUAUUAGGCCCUUUCCCUCUUGAGCAUAACGCUUUAAUAUUGUGUGCCUUCCCACAGAAGUCUGUUUGACAGAUGAACAUCACGAGAUGUUGACAACAUCUGGUUCAAGAUCUUGAGCCCACAAGUAGCAAGAUGCCUUUUUUUAUUGCAAAGUGUAGUGCUCUAGUGCAUAUACAUGUGCAGUGCUCUUGUGUGUUGGCAGAAUUGCUGUGCUUGCUACCGGCAAUGGAUAGGGGUUGGAAUACUGACUUGACAUCUUGUGAUGGAUGGGUUCCCAAAAGCUGAAGAAAUAAUGUGUAUGCCUAUGAAUUUAAGCAGAAACAUUUCCUGUGUACCCUCAUGCUUGAUUCAGUUGUGACUUUGUUAUGUCACUUGAGUAACCACUAUAGAAAUUGAUAUGUUGUACAUUGUACAUCAGCCAGUUGUCUGUAAAACUGAGGGGUGUGCAGGGAUGUACAAGCACAAAUUCCCUGCUCCCCAAGCAUUCCAAUGUAACUUCAGUGUGGCACAGUUACUGUGACAGCUGGAAUGAACGAGCUGCAUGGUCUUCAUCGUUAAGUGUUUACACGUGUGCACAUACAUACAAACACACAGAGUCAGUUGGGUGUGAUUGGUUUAAUCACCUACGAGCAGAAAGUUGAUCUUUUCUUGCUAAGCUGGUCACUGACUGAAGAACAAAAGUUGUUUGCUCUGUGAAAUCCAGUGUGUGGCUAUUCCAUAAUGGUAGUGUCAUUUUAUAUGCCAAUAACUGUGGAACAGGGUGACUCAGUUAGAGGAGGCCUGAAACCUGUGGGUUGGCAGAGGUUAGGGUGCUGGAGAAGGCCUAGUGAAAAGGAGUGCUCUCUUCCAUCCCCUCUCCCAGGCUGGCAUUGAGAAUGGCUGCAGUGGUAGCAUUGGGAAACACAUCAAAAGGAUGCACACCUUUACUACAAAACGUGUGAUCCUUUAGUUAAAAUGAUUUUAAAUUAUUGGUUUUUGUAAUAUAAUGAUUUCUGCCUGAUCCCUUCUUUUCCCUCACUUUAUCUGAUAUUCAAGGGUUUGAAAUCUCUUUUUAAACAUCCUAAUCUUUGCUACAGUGGCUCCUGACAAAAAAAUGGCUUUGACACAGUUUGGGUACAGUUUUGUGUGUCAUAAAAAUCAAAUUCAGUUGCCUUCUCACCCUCUUCUAUUUUUGUAAAGAAAUUACUUUAUACGGAAGAGGUGGUCUUUUUCUAUCUUGAAAAUAAUACAACAUCCAUUUUACUUUAAAAAAAAUCUGUCAAGCCUGAAUAAUAAACAAAAACCCACCAAGAGGUAGACUCCUUUCACACUGUCUUCCAGAGAAUCUUCACUUUGUUCAGAGAAAGUUUCCCAAUUUACAUAGUGAUUCUUCUUUAUGGGAGAGUUAUUUUCAUUCUCUGUUUCUCAGACCUUUUCCUAUAGAUGGGAACGGGGGAAGGAGCCCAGACGUGGCAACUCAUUCACAGGCUCCUGCCGGACCACCAUGGCUUAUGAUGGCGCCAAGAAGAAAGAAGAGUUCCUAGAGAGUCACCGAGGUGUUGAUGACGGGCUGGCAACCAGCAGGAUACAGCGAGAGAAGAAGCGCUCUUACAAGGAUCUGCUGCAAGAGGAAGACGAGGUAGCAACUCAGGACAGUGAGUUUUUUCCGGGGACAGAACCUCACAAAAAGAAGAAAAAGCACUCCUCCGAUGAGUUCUGCUACAGAGGUGUUUCGCCUCUGGAUCUACCAUCAAAGAAGAAGAAAAAAGCAGCUUCUAGCCCAUCCUCAGCUGAUCCAACCAUGGAUUUACUCAAGGCUAUCACCUCACCUUUGGCCACAAGCUCAAAGUCUUCAAAGAGGACCUCUGAAAAAUCAUCUCAUUCUUCCUCUGGCCAUUCUGAAAGCAGAAAGGAGCACACCAAGAAAAAGCUGAGUGGGAGCAGUGGGGAGCACUCAGUGGACGAUGGCAGCUCCCACAAAUCUAAAAAAAUGAAACCUCUCUAUGUGAACACAGAGACACUUACUCUUCGUGAACCUGAUGGCUUGAAGAUGAAGCUCAUCCUCUCACCAAAAGAGAAAAGUAGUGCAGCAGAUGAUGAUGCUUUAUCCUACUCUUCAACACCAGCAGCUGCAAAGAAAUCUUCAAAGAAAUCAGCUCGAGAUGAGCAAGGCUCAUUUCUGCUGGGUCAUGAACUGCAGAGCUUCCUGAAGUCAUCCCGAAAGAAGCACAAACCACCUUCUGACUCACAUCCGCCUUCUGAGAGUUUUGGUGCUGACACCUCCCUUCAUUCAGAGGGCCACGGAAGUGAGUAUGAGAUUCCAGGUACGGAAGCACCACCAGAAUCUGGUUCUUCUUCUGGUGGAGAGUUGGAGGCUGGAGAGCUAGUGAUAGAUGACUCCUACCGGGAAAUCAAGAAGAAGAAGAAAUCAAAAAAAAGUAAGAAAAAAAAGGACAAGGAGAAACACAGAGAGAAGAAGCACUCUAAGUCUAAAAAGAGUUCUGGGCAUUCUCCUGUGGCGGUAGCAGAAGUAAGGGUGUCACCACCACCUCCCAGUACCCCCUAUGUUGUUCCUCCACCUCCUCCUGCUGUUUUUCACUCAGAUGGUCAAGGUGAGAAAAGGAGGAAAAAGGAAGACAAGGAGAAAGACAAAGCUGAAAAAUGGGAAAAGGAGAAGGAAAGAGACAAGGAAAAGGAAAGAGACAAAGAAAAGGAAAGAGACAAGGAAAAGGAAAAAGAAAAGGAAAGAGAAAGAGAAAAGGAAAGAGAGAAGGAAAGAGAAAAAGAAAAGGAAAGAGAGAAGGAAAAGGAAAGAGACAAGGAAAAGGAAAAAGACAAGGAAAGAGAAAAGGAAAGAGAAAAAGACAAGGAAAGAGAAAAGGAAAAGGAAAGAGAAAGAGAAAAACCAAAGAAGAAAAACAUGUCUGCCUAUCAAGUGUUUUGUAAAGAGUAUCGUACAACUAUUGUGUCUGAGCACCCUGGAAUAGAUUUUGGAGAGCUAAGUAAAAAACUGGCAGAAGUGUGGAAGCAGCUACCUGAGAAGGACAAACUGAUCUGGAAACAGAAAGCUCAGUAUCUCCAACACAAGCAGAAUAAAGCAGAGGCCACUACUGUGAAGAGAAAGGCAUCAUCUUCAGAUGGUGCACCAAAAAUGAAAGCUUCUCCAACAGGAGUGAUUUCCCCUCAUAAGAAAUCCCCCACAAGCACCGUGGUGGUGCCUUCCUCACCAGCCAAAGCCCCUGAGACAGAUCCUAUUGAUGUAGCUGCACACUUACAGCUGCUGGGUGAAUCCCUGAGCCUCAUUGGACACAGACUGCAGGAAACAGAGGGAAUGGUGGCUGUUUCAGGAAGUUUGUCAGUACUUCUAGAUUCAAUCAUCUGUGCUUUGGGCCCAUUGGCAUGUCUGACCACACAACUGCCUGAGCUGAAUGGCUGCCCGAGGCACGUUUUGUCAAACACACUAGACAACAUUGCCUACAUCAUGCCUGGACUUUGAUGGAAAAGGAUCCUGGGAUGUACUCAACCUCUGCGUAACUGAUUUGUGUACAUAUGCACUACGCGGCGCUCCUGAAGGGCUCCAUGUGGAGGCUUUUAAAGUUUUAUAUGUGUAUAGUAUAUACAUAGGAUUGUAACUAUUUGACUUCUAUUUUAUGAAAAGUUGUGAAAUUAAGCUGAGAAAACCCUUUUGUGUCAUUGGGUGAAAUGUCCUCCAGUCUGAAAGUACUUUGUAUGAAGAAUUCAGAAGACUUUUGAGAUACUUGCCUUAAUUUCAGAUCCUUUAGUGGGGGAAGCAGGCAGAGAAUGGACUUCUAGAUGUAAAGAAGAAAGCUGUCACCAUGAGAAAGUUGGCCCAGAGGAGUUCUUGACUCUCCAUUCUUGAUGAUUUCAAAAAUUGAAUGAGCAGCUUCCUCUAGCUGGACUUUCUUUACGCAGGGAGAUGGACCAGAUGACCUCCUGAUACCCCUGCCAGCCUAAAGUAUUCUGAUAUUCUAUGGGCAGAUAGAGAUGAUAAUAUAUUUUGGACCAAGGAAUAGAACUGAAUUCUUCACCAGCCGUAUUUGUAACUCUUUUUCAGUUUAAAAUCCACUGCUUGAGGGGAAAGCUGGAUAGCUGAUUAAA